AUGCGGAGUAAGCCAAAUGCGGGACAAAACGCCACACCUAUGCUUCAGGUGGCCAUUCCUGAUGAAAUUGCAGCCCAUUUCAGAGAAUUGGCUAGACGUCCAAACGAAUUGGCAAAGAUGUGGUUUGACAAGUAUGUUGUUACACCAACAGCAUAUAGGUAUUGCAUCAUGAAAUCAGUCUAUGUUUCCUAUAUGCGCUUCAAUUUAAGCGACGAAUUUAGGCAUCCAUUGUUAAAUGCAAACAUCGAAAAGUUAAAUCAGACAAUUGCAUUGAUUAUUGCUCACAACUUGAAAGAUAUCGAAUCCGAUGGCAAGAAGUCCACAUACCUUGUCGAUGUUUGCGAUGCUAAGAUUGCCGAUGCAUGGUCAUAUAUUUUUGAUGUUAUUGGUAUGCAUUACGAAGUUUUCAAAACGGGCAAAUUGAAUAGUUUUGGCAUGAAAUUACUUGAGUUGUCCAUGGAAUUCAGUGCUGGAAUUCAUUCCGGAAAAUACCCAGAUACAGGCCUCCAAAUCCCAUCUCGUGAUGAAUACCAUAAUUGGAUGGGACAAGAUCUUUUCUUUGGUGCUGAACGCGCAAUGGCAGUUUCAAGUAUUCUAAACCGAAAUCGAAAUUAA